UGACAAUAAACUUUUAUACUGAAUAUAAUAUAUAAAAUACUCUAUGAUUAUUUAUUCGUCAAAUUUGUAACUAAAAUGGAGAUUCGUAUUAUAUUAGGAAUCUUCAUGUAAACCUGUCGUAUGUCAUGAAAAUUUAUAUGGUAAUUCAAGAUGGAAGACGGUGAAAAUAAAGCGGACGUUGGGCUGGAUAAAGAGAAAAAGUCGUACGCCGGAAUACCGGAGGCGGAAUUUGUAGACGAUGUCGACGCUUUUAUGGCAAGACCUGAAAAUGAAUCAGCAGACAAAGUACUGCAGAUGUUGGAUGAGAACCAUGGGAAAUAUAAAUUUAUGGAAUAUAAUUUAUUCAAUAAAAGAAGACGUCUGAAAGCUCAGAUUCCAGACCUAGAGCGAUCGUUAGAAAUGAUUAAAAAAUUGCAGCAAGAGAAGAACAAGAGCAAAGAAUUAGAGACACAAUUUUUACUAUCGGAACAAGUUUAUGCAAAGGCUGUUAUUCCUCCUACUGAUAAAGUGUGCUUGUGGUUAGGAGCUAAUGUUAUGUUAGAAUAUACUUUGGAUGAUGCUCAAGAGAUGUUAACAAAAAAUAUUGAAGCAGCAAAGAGAAAUCUAGGUUAUGUUGAACAUGAUUUGGAUUUUGUAAGAGAUCAAUUUACUACAACAGAAGUUAAUAUGGCACGUAUUUAUAAUUGGGAAGUAAAACGCAGGCAAGCUGCUAAACCAACAUGAAGGCUGUCUUUUUUAAUAAAUUCAAUUUGCACGCAACAAAUGCCUAAAACUCCAAGGGUGACUUACAUUGUCAAAUGGAAAGAGCCUGGGAAUAAAAAGUACCGUUGGAAGCUGUCAAUGGAAUAAAGGACUCAAAUACUACACAUUUAGGUUAUAAGCUAGAUACACCAAUAUUUAUGUAUAUUGUCACAAAUACAUCUGAAUUCUAACUUAA